GGAAUGAGUGGCAGACCUGUAACAAGACAUAGAGGUUCAGUAUACUAGGUAAAUAUCAGCUGGGUAAAGCAGUAUUACUGUCACUGACGUAGAACUGAGAAUCCCUGUCAAGACCACCUUACCAUAAGUGGUGGCCUCUCUGCAAGUGUGAUUCAAUCAUGGUGGCGUGCAAAGGAAUAUGGACACAACCUUUCUGGAAAGCAGUGACGGGAGAAUUUUUGGCAAUGUUUAUAUUUGUCCUACUAAGCUGUGGUUCCACUAUCAACUGGAGCAGCAAAGAUAAUCCUCAGCCAGCAGACAUAGUCCUGAUCUCUUUGUGCGUUGGACUUAGCAUUGCUACCCUCAUACAAUGCUUUGGACACAUAAGUGGUGCACAUAUUAACCCAGCUGUGACCGUUGCAAUGGCUUGCAUGAGGAAGAUAAGUCUUGCAAAGUCAGCCUUUUAUAUUGUUGCACAGAUUUUAGGUGCAAUAGCUGGGGCAGGGAUUCUCUACUUAGUUACACCAUCAAAUGUGGCUGGAGAGCUGGGCGUUACCAAGGUUAAUAAAGACCUCUCCAUUGGCCAUGGUCUGCUUGUUGAAAUAAUUAUCACGUUUCAACUGAUUUUUACGAUUUGUGCAAGCUGCGAUUCGAAACGCAAUGACAUCACAGGCUCAGUAGCAUUAACAAUUGGAUUUUCUGUUGCCAUAGGACAUUUGUUUGCUAUAAACUACACAGGAGCCAGCAUGAACCCAGCAAGAUCUUUGGGACCUGCUGUUAUUAUGAACAUCUGGGAAAGUCAUUGGGUCUAUUGGAUUGGCCCAUUAGUUGGUGCAGUCAUUGCAGGAACCCUCUAUGAAUAUGUUUAUUGUCCUGAUCCAGAGCUGAAGAAUCGUUUUAAGAAUGCUUUAACGAAGGCCACCAAACAGUCACCAGGGGAUUAUUCAGAGGUAGAAGAAAGCAAAAGCCAAGUAGAAUCAGAUGAUCUUUUGAUGAAACCAACAACUGCUCACACCUUUUUUGAUAAAAAGGAGAAGGAUCCAUCGGGUGAUGUCCUUUCUUCGGUAUGACUAGCACCAAGCACUGAAAACAGAGAACCUCCUGGAACAUCAGCCACUUUUUGUUCAAUUAAAGAGACUGAUAUAUUAUAACAGAAGCAUUUUGGAUAUCAUAGAUCAAUUCUUCAUCUAAAACAACAUUCAAUGAAUACUAUUGUCAGACUAAGCAGAGGAAAUAUAAGUAUUGUUUAGACUAUCAUUCUCUGAUGUAAUCAUACUUUGUUUCUUUGGACACGGUCCUUGUGGCGAAUUCAAGGAGAGCAAAAGUGAUCCAUAAUUUAAGAAGUCAAUAGUGAGCCUAAAAUCUGCCAGUUUAACAUUGAGAUUGACAGUAUGCAUUAGUUUAAAAUACCCAUUGGCGCAUUCAAACUAAUGACUCUACAUCUGGCACAUAAUUGGCUGUUGUCAGCACUGAUUAAGACAUGUUCCCUGUAAUCACUUUUUCAACACUUAGUAAAAACAAAGAAAAAUUGGGAAACUGAAAAAUAAAGAUUUACAAAUAAUUAAAAUAUAAGAAAUGCACAUACAGUAGGAAAUUAUGUAACAAAAAGUCACUAGUUCUCAAUUUCUAAAAGUAGAGUUUGAAAGAUAACAUUUUCAAAAGAAGUUAAAUGUUUACAAACAGUAAUAUCUUCAGGAUGUACAGAAAACAACAUCUGAAAUUUUUGGUGUUUUGGCUGUUCACUCACCUCUCUCUUUCUCUGUUAGAACUGCAUCUAUUCAUCAAGAACAUAUAACAUUGUACAAAUCACAUUCUAAAAACAGAAAAAUGUAUUU